AAGGCGUGGUUUCAGAGAAGGAGAGAGGGGAUAAGACGCAGGUAGAGACAGAUGCGAGUGGAGGUUACACAGAUGUUAAAACGGGAGCAUCAAAGAGGCAGAAGCAGAGCUAGGUUUUCUUUCUCCUCACAAGAGGUUGGGAGCCGCUGUUUUCUCCGAUCUCUUCGGCGGCGUUAGACACAGCUGAUGGUAAAGAAAUGGACUGACUUUCUUCUCCUCUCCUUAUGCAGGAUUGCAAAGGCCAAAUGGAAACGCUACAUGUAGCCUACAGUGUUGUUUGUAACGACAUGGAGUUGUGCAUAUAUCGCUACCGUGGCUUUGCUGGAUAUGCAGGCUGUGUUCUCUCAAAAAUAUCCAGAAGAAAACACGUUUCGGGCUCCGUUAGAACAAAGCUGGAACAUCAAGAAAACAGUUUGGACCUUAAUAACGUAUAAAGACAACGACUUGUUCCGUGUAGGUUUUCAAAACAAGACUGUGUGACUGUGGACAGGCUGGUAAUGUAUCAUGUAAUUUAGCAAACAUGAUGCUUCAGCAAGAUAUAAAUACGACUCUUUCUCAAAUUUUGAUGGAAUGUUAACAAAAUACAAAUAACUUCCCGAUAUUUCAAACAGGCCUAAUAAAUCAGCAUUUGUCAGAUGAUGAAAAUCGAAAACUACAAAUGGAUGAGAAGGAGUUGUCAUCUAUGUUUGAAUCCAGGACACCAGCACGGACUCAAAAUCUGAAUGGAUAUGUGUGUGUGAGACGAGGGAUGAGUGUUCUUGUACUGUUUUUGUGCUUCAUCGAUGGAUACACCUGUUAGCACAGCCCUGCGGGGCAGCAGUGGCAGCAACUAUACAGCUGACACCUCAGGUCUGAGCUUCAACAACCAGCUGAGCACUGCCUCACCUGUUGUGCCAAGGGUUGUUUCCAUAGUGACCAGCCUAGUGACUGCCACUACAGAGGCAACAGUGAGAACCACAGGGAACAUAUCAGUGCUCAGAGACCAAAGAGGGAGCGAGCUCAGCCAAAUCCAUCAGGCUUCGACCCCAUCGGUGCUUAGCGCUGCUGAGAGCAACUCGGUCCUGCAGGGCAUCACUGUGGCAGCUCAGGCCCUGGUACUCCUCUCCAUCUUCCUCCUCUCCAGCCUCGGUAACUCAGCGGUUGUCAUCGUCAUCAUCAAACAUCGACAGCUCCGGACAGUGACCAAUGCUUUCAUCAUGUCGCUGUCGCUGUCAGACUUCCUCACAGCUGUUCUAUGCCUGCCGUUCUCCUUCGUCAUGCUCUUCAGUAAGGACGGUAUUUGGAUGUUCGGGGAUCGUUUCUGCGUGGCCAAUGGGUUUUUCAACACCUGCUUUGGCAUCAUCUCCACCCUGACUAUGACAUUGAUCUCCUUUGACAGGUACUACGCCAUAGUCAGACAGCCACAGGCUAAAAUAGGGCGCCAGAAAGCCACUCGGUUGUUGAUAGCUGUGUGGUUAACUGCAGUCAUUUUCUCUCUGCCUUGGUAUCUGUUAGUCCGAACACCUACAGAAAUACAUAAGCGAGGUUUCUACCACUGUAUGUAUGUAUUCCACUCUGGCACCUCACGCAUGGGAACAGCCUACAGCAUCUGCCUUAUCGUCGUCUGUUAUUUACUGCCCUUUUCCCUCAUGUGUUUUUGUCAUUAUAACAUCUGUAAGACAGUUCGGCUCUCUGAAAUACGAGUCAGGCCGGUGACCACAUAUGCAUACUUACUGCGCUUCUACAGUGAAAUGCGCACAGCCACCACAGUUCUCAUUAUGAUUGUUUUCAUCAUUUUUUGUUGGGGACCGUAUUGUUUAAUGGGAUUGGUCACAGCAAUGGGGGACUACACAUUCAACCCUGCAAUGGACACAGUUGCCAUCUGGCUAGCCUGGGCAAAUGGAGCCAUCAACCCUCUGAUCUAUGCCCUGAGGAAUCCCAACAUAUCCAUGUUACUGGGGCGCAGCCGAGAGGAGGGCUAUCGGACCAGAAAUAUAGCAGCUUACUUGUCCAGCCAAACGCAGAACCGUGAAGUCCGGCUUAACCAAGCAGAGAGAAUAAGGGACCGCUAUGUGAGUCGGGUGGGGGUGAAUAAUAACAGCCGACUGUCGAGUUCAAGUCCAGGAAAAGGAGGAGGGGGAGGAGAGGUGGCAAUGUGGGCCUGUAAAAACCCUGCUGUGUUCUUCUGCAGGGAUGCCCAGCCUGACACUGCAACACUACCCAACACUGUCAGUGCACCAAAAAUGAAGACAGCUGACACCAGCCUGUGACAUUUUGGAUAAUAUUUGAACCAUCUAAUAGUUGCUUUCAUCUUAUAUGUUUGGUAUGGAUCUAAAGAAUGCUGUUGUUGGUUUGUGACAUUUACAGACUCAAAAAAAUUUUGUGAUCCAAACCACCACCUGAUUUUGUCCCAGCAAUCAACAAAGGCUAAAUCAGUUUGUAGAUGGGGUUCUACUGAAAUGUGGGAAGACAAUGCUGGUGAGGGUGAUAACUAUUCAAAAGGCUAUUGUUGUCCAGAAGUAAAAUGAUGAUGAAAUAAAAUUAAUUUAUUUGGUGAGGACACCAUGAAGUCCUGCAAAGGAUCCAUGUGCAGGACCUCUGGAACUCCCACUGUGAUUUAGUUAACCAUGAAAGGUUUGUGUUGUGCUACAAAGGUCAUCAUGUCAGAUAUCAUUUUGUAUGUAAAUGGCAAUGCAGCAUGUGGAUGUGGAAAACUGAUAAAAACUUGAGCAUUUUCUUAAUCCUAAUUCUUCCAUGCUUUAAAUGUAAUGUACUGUACAUGUCAUUUUCAGACUGUCCUCGCCAGAGAAACCACAGCAGUGGCUGUUUGUUCAAAUGCUUAAAAUGACCUAAGUUUACUGUUUCCUAACAAGCAACCUCUUUUGGUCAUGUGAAUAAUAACGAGACUGUUCUGUAUCAGAAGCAGGGUCAGGAGUAGACGGAACCUUUAAUGGCCAGCUGCUCACUCUAGAAAGUGUCAGAGCUGAGUUUGUCCACACAUCCUUGUGAAAUACAGUUUUUCUAGAAGCUUGCUGAUGUACUCUCACUUGUUGGAGAAUAACUGUAACUGGCGAGCUAACUGCUAAGAGACUAGCUAGCUAGCCACACUAGCUAAUGCUACCCAGUCACGAUGGUAAAUACUAGAUUGGAUCAGCUGGAGAGAUGAACUCUCUCGAGUGUGGUUAGGGUUAGAGUUAUGGUUAGGUUAAGAUUGGGGUUAAGGUUAGGGUUAGGUUAAGGUUAGUGUAUAGAUCUCACUAGAAUUUCGCAAAUUGCAAAUCUUUGCUUGAAUAUUUGUGUCAGUUUAUACUCCAGCAGAGCAGGUUACAUACUAAAGAAGACGAUGUGACACAGUUAAUAGGCUAUGAUAGCUUCCUCUGCUUUGCAUUCUCCAGCUCUGCAUUCAUAUGGUCAUAAAGGAGGUGGUCAAGGUGGCUGGUUGGUUGGUUGGGUGUACAAAGUGUCUGACUGGGACACAGGAGACAACAAUUGACAAUUCUGUUCUCAUGAGCAGUCAAUGUUGGUCUCUUUAAACCAUGAUGAUCUUCUAACCUUAACCAAGCAGUUUUAGUUGCCUAACCUUAACCAAACCUUUUCUGAGCAUCAGAAAAUGCUCAGAUGAUUUGUUUUUGUAACAGUCAUAUGGGUUACUUUGGAUACAGCACUGACAAAUGACCUGUUUUGUUUUUAAGGUGUGAGGACUUGUUGCAUUUGUGCCUGUCUGACUGUUGUGGCAUUAUUUUUGAGUCAUGGCGUAUGGCAUUAGUUUUUAUUGCAUUUAUGAUUGUUAAUUUUUGUAAAGGUAUUAGCUUGAAUGUGUCUCAACAUGUUUUGGGUUACAUUCUUAAAAAUAUAGCACGGAAACGUUUUAACCUUGUGAACCAGAAGUGAUCUCUGUUACAACAGAGACAAACUGUUGAAUAAUGAAUAGAUAUACUCUGAGAUAAGUUUAGAUUGCAAAUUAAGUAGUACACAUUGACAUCAGACAUAUGGAUUAGUUGACUUGAAGUGCAAUCAGCCACUUAACACAAAAUGACCACAAGUUAUCAGCAGUGGUUCACAAGUGUCAAAGUCAGUCUGUCAAUGACUACUGAGAGUUCAAGGUUUCCAGCAGGGCUACACUGUGGGGCUAGAACAGUGACAGUUAAAUUUUGGCAUUGAAAACAAAACAUGAACUUUGCAUUGAAACAUUAAAACACUUGUAUUGGAAAAAGUUGUAUUGGCACUGAAAUUAGUAUUGGCACUGAAAAAAGUUCCACUGACAAA